AUGAAUGUCGCUGGAAUGAACCCGGGAGCAGGUGGUCCCGUCGGUGGCAUUCCCAUGAUGAACAAUGGCUCUACAGCUCCGCGCAGUGAUCCCAAUGGCCAGAAUCUUCAGGGAGACAAUGUUAUGCAAUUAAACACCUACAUCUACGACUAUUUUCUGAAACGCGGCUAUCACGAGUGCGCAAGGGCCUUGAUUCAAGAUGAAUCGUUUACCAUGAGCACUUCUCCUGCGUCCAAGUCGACACCAUCCCACCGCCGCGAUGGCGAAAUGAAUGGCGUUGACGGUGAUGCAAUGGCCACAGACUCCAAGGACGAUGUGAAUAAACCAAGAAUACCCGAUGACUUUCCGCGACCAAAUAUACCGCCAGGCCCUGGCGGAGGUGACGUGCAACAAACCCCAUUUCUCCUGGACUGGUUUAACCUCUUCUGGGAUAUUUUCUUGGCCCAACGGAAACGAAGUAAGAACCCUGACGCGAUGCACUACGUGCAACAGACCCAGCAACUACUUCGCAUGCAAAACCAACAAAUGAUGCGCCAAUCACAAAUCAUGCCGGGGCAAUAUAACAUACGUGGAGCCCGUGGUGGCAUAAUUCCUGCGAAUAUUCAAAAAACCAUUUUGCAAAACCCAAAUAUGACACCCCAGCAAAUGGCGCAGCUGCAGAAAAAUCAACAAAUGCUCCAUCAUCAAAUGCAACGAGAGCCUUCCGAAAUGGAAAUGAAUGGCCAUCGACCACAGUCGCCGUCUUCUGCUGAAAACGCUCCGUCGCCUUCAAAACGUCCUCGUCUGGACGGUUCGCAGGUAAAUGGGAUGCAAAUGGCACCGAACGGGCGUGGGCAAGGGCAAAUGCCUGGUCGUCCCGCCCACCAGGCCAAUGCGAUGUUGAUGCAACAUGGCAUAAACCCGAGCAACUUGACUCCUGCACAGUUCAGUUCGUUCCAGGCGCAGAAUCCGUCUGUACAAGCAAAAUCUCUCCAGGUAUAUAAUCAAAGCAUGGCUCUACAUAACAAUCGCUCAGCAAUGAAUAACCAGGGGAUGCCGAAUGGCUUAAUGAAUACUGGAGUCAUGCCAAACCAAGGGGACAUGAUGCCCAUGCACGAUAGUCAACUCUUAACAAUGCAUGAAUACUACGGCGCAAACGGCCAAAUGCCCCAAGUUCCGCGACCACAAAUGCAAACGGCCGGCGGCGGGAAUCAUGCCCUCCAAGAUUAUCAAAUGCAGCUGAUGCUUCUGGAGCAGCAGAAUAAACGUCGUCUGCUCAUGGCUCGUCAAGAGCAAGAUAGCAUCACCCGAGGCGAUGGCCAGCCUGGCAUGCCUGGCCAGCCUAACCUGGCCCCUGGCACAUCCCCGCAAGGAAGCCGUGCCGGCACGUCCCCGAACCCGAAUGAUCAGAUGAAGCGAGGCACACCCAAGAUGCCUCAGUCAGGUCUACCUGGUUCUCCUUCUGUUGGUGAUGCGAUGGCCCAGGGCCGUAGCUCUCCUGCUUCAAUGAACUUUGGAGGACAGAUGCCGCAAGAACUGGGUGGGCCCUUUUUCAUGAACAAGAAUAUGCCAGAGGGUGUCGUUCAGAACGGAAUGAGGCCGCCAAGUUCGAACCCGGCAUUUAGUGGUCCUCAGAUGGCCCAGCCUAUGGAUGCCAUGUCGCGACCGCAAGGACCUGGUGCCGCUGGUAAUCGAAUGCCAAGUGGCAACUGGCAGAACCAGGGACAACCCAUGAUCCCACAGCAGCAACAAGUGGGUCAACAGCCACAACCAGCUGGGACCCCGCAAGAGCGUAAUGCUAUGCCACCACCUCAAGCACCCCCAGCAGGUGUUGCAGGUACUGGCAGGGCGCAACCUUCCUCUCCCCAAUCCGGCGCGGCUCCUCCGACUCCGCAGCAGUCUAACAAGCCAGCGCCCAAGGGGAAGAAGGAACCUAAGGAAAACCCAAGAAAGCGUCCUACAAAGAAACCGUCCACAGCUAACGCCUCGAAUACUGCUGCGACUCCAUCCUCGGAGGCUGAACCCCCUCCGACUCCCACUCCAUCAACUCCAAUCACUCCCGUCCAUCCGAAUUCAUUUAACAAAAACACUACCAACCCAACUACAAACCCUCCUCAGCCCACUUCCGCACCAGCAGCACAAAAUAUUGUUCCGCCACAGGAUCCUAACCAGACAUUUGACAUGAAAUCUUUCCGAUAUAACCCCGAUAUCCUAGAGAAUUUCGACUUUGAUUCGUUCCUAAACACAGAUGAUCCCAAUGGAUUCGCUUUUGACCCAACCAUGUCAUACCCAACUGAUGGAGUUGAAGCGGGUGCAGGAGACGGCUUGUAA